AUGAAUACAAAUAGACUGAGCAAAUCUUUGGCAAUUAAAGCACAAAAAGCCUGCAAUGCAUGUAAACUGAAACUGUCCAUUGAGUUUGAAGAAAAGGAUCGUUUACUGAGAGAAACUAAACAACGAAUUGAUUUUAGUGCCCUUUUAAAGACUACCAUGAACAAAGUUCGUAAGAAAUUGAACGAUGAAAUGAAAGUUCUUGAGGAGUCGAUAAGUGCGGCGGCUGUUUAUCGUGUACCGUCAGUGUCAGAUUUUAUUGAGAGUGUUCUAGAAAAUAAAGUGUUAGAUAAAAAGAGAAAAAUACAAAAUCAAAAACUUAGUCUAGCUAAAAUUAGGUUGAAUGAACAUAAAAGACUAUGGGCCAAAUUGAAGUAUGAAGAUGCAGUGUAG